AUGCUUAAAUAUGAUUCAGAUAAUAGUGAAGUCACUAUACUAUAUGGAUCAGAGACUGGUAAUGCAGAAGAUUAUGCCAGAUUUCUUUCAUUAAGACUCCAAUACUUCCUGAUUAAUCCAACCUUAUCUACUUUAGAUGAUUAUCCUAUAAAGAAACUAGCCACCCAUACUCGAUAUUUGAUCAUAAUAUGUUCUACCACGGGUCAAGGGGCUUUACCUAGAAAUGCCAAGAAGUUCAUGAAGUUCCUCCUUAAGAAAAAGUUACCAUCUGACUUGUUAAACCAUAUAAAAUUGACUACGUUUGGAGUUGGUGAUUCUUCAUACUCCAAGUUCAACUAUGCUUCGAGGAAAUUACAUACAAGACUAUUACAGUUAGGAUGUGAAGAAUUAUCUCCCAGAUGUGAGGCUGAUGAAAUAUCACCAGAAGGGGUGGAUGGUUAUUAUCAAGAAUGGGAACAACAAUUACUUAAAUCAUUGAAUGCUCAUAUACCCACAUUUGUCGAAAUUGACCCUGAAAUUAUACUACCUCCUCAAAAUGCCAUUGAAAUAGUCGAAGAUUCAAUAGUUUCAGAUGAUCAAUCAGAAAAGUUAUCAUUAACAAGACUAGAAUCGGAUCCAAAUUUAAAAAUUGGUAAAAUAAAGCAAAAUAAAAGAAUCACUGCUACUGAUCAUUUCCAAGAUGUCAGACAUGUAACCAUUGAAUCUGAAGAUUUGAAAUACGUUUCUGGAGAUACUAUUGCCUUAUAUCCUGCUAAUGAUCCUCAAAGUGUUGAUUUAUUAUUACAACUGCAACCUCAUUGGAUGAAAGUGGCAGAUACAGCUAUCAACAUUAAAGGUAAUCUUCCUGCUCUUGAUGGUGGAUAUAUAAAAAGUGACAGUCUUACGUUAAGGAGUCUUUUAAUUCAUCAUCUUGAUAUCGUUUCUGUGCCUAGAAGAUCAUUCUUUUAUAAAUUAUGGCACUUUUGUGAUGAACUGACUGAAGAUGGUCAACGAGAAAAAGAAAAAUUAAGAGAAUUCAGUACAUUUGAAGAAAGUGAACUACUUUUUGAUUAUGCUAAUAGACCAAGACGUCUGAUCUUAGAGACUAUUCUUGAAUUCCAACAAAAUUUGCGAAUUCCAGUGGAAUACAUUUUUGAUUUAAUACCAUUAAUUCAACCAAGAUACUUUCUGAUCGCAUCGAAACCAAGUGCUACUAGUGUUGAAAUCGCAGUGGCUAUUGUGGAAUAUAGAACCAUUAUAAGAAGAAUAAGACGUGGAUUAUGUUCAAAAUGGUUGAAACAACUUCAAGAAGGUGAUGAAAUAAUCUUUUCGGUUCAAAACAGUAAUUUAAAAUUCUUAUUACCUGGUAUUGAAACUCCACCGUUGAUCAUGGUUGGACCAGGAACAGGAAUAGCUCCAAUGAAAUCAUUAAUUGAAAGCUCAGUUCAAAGCCAAGAUUCAAGAGAGUUGUAUUUAUUCACUGGGUUCAGAUUUAAAGAAAAAGAUUAUCUCUUUGGUGAAUUAUGGACUCAAUUACAAAAUCAAAACAAAUUACAUUUAUUUCCCAGUUUUUCAAGAGAUGAAGGUACGAAAUCAAAGUAUGUUCAAGAUAAAUUAUUCCAAGAAUAUGAGCUUUUAGGAGAUUUGAUCUUAAAUAAGAAUGCCAUUAUUUUUGUUUGUGGCUCCAGCGGUAAAAUGCCAAAAGAAGUAAAAGUUACAUUCAGUGAGAUUUUAACAAAGUAUAAAGGUAUACCUGAAAAUACAGCCCAGAAGUAUAUAAUAGACAUGGAAGAUCAAGGUAGGUAUAAAGAAGAAGUAUGGUAA